CAGAAAGAGCUUGUGGGAAGCACCCGCCAACCGCCAGAGAGAGCGAGUGGGAGAGAGACAGACCAAAAUCGAUCGCGAAGCAAGCAACGGAGCACACAGGAUAGUGCGCUGAAGUCAAGAAGGUUAAUAGAGACCGGACCGUGUGUUCAUACUUCAUAAAUACACUUUAAGUAAUCUUAUAAAGUGGACUACUCUCUGGGUGCGUCAGGUGGGAUAAAGGAGGCGUUUAUGAAAGAAGAGAGUGACUGACUGACACCACUGAGGAUGAAGAAGAGCAAAAGUGUGUUAGCGGUGUCACCAGGCGGUGACACCAAUGAGCCUCCGGGAGUGCCCCUGUUCGGCAGCACUCUGGGGGUGGACCUUCGCCGGGGCCGCAGGCGUCACUCGGGCACGCUACAGCUGCCCCCGUUGUCAUGGCGACAGGCGGAGAGGGAUCUAUGCCGCACGCCGGAGGACGACACCAUGGCCCGGCCCACCACCCUGCCCUUCCACGCGCUGCCACAAAUCAACAUCACCCACGCCGACCCCGACAGCUUCGAUGUGGAGAAUGGCCCGUCUGCAUGCUGCAGCCCCUGGGAUCCCCAGGCGUCCCCUGGCACCGGCCUGGUCCUGCACCCCAACCUGGGGGCCCACGGGCAGCGCCGAGAGUCCUUCCUCUACCGCUCCGACUCGGACUACGACCUGUCGCCCAAGUCCCGCGAGUUGUCGCGUAACUCCUCAAUCGUCGGCGAACUGCAUGGAGAAGACCUGAUCGUGACCCCCUUUGCUCAGGUUCUUGCCAGUCUUCGCACAGUACGGAACAACUUCACCACCUUGACCAAUGUACAAUGUACCUCCAAGAGAUCACCUGCUGGCCCCCAGCCUCCCGUCACCAGAGUCUGUCAGUCAGACGAGUCGUACCAGAAGCUGGCCAUGGAGACCAUGGAGGAGCUGGACUGGUGUCUGGACCAGCUGGAAACCAUCCAGACCUACCGGUCCGUCAGCGACAUGGCCUCCAACAAGUUCAAGAGGAUGUUGAACCGGGAGCUGACACACCUGUCGGAGACGAGUCGCUCCGGCAACCAGGUGUCAGAGUUCAUCUCCAACACCUUCCUUGACAAGCAGAAUGAGUUGGAGUUACCGUGCCCCAUGGCCAAGACCAGAGAGCGAAAGAAGAGACCCCAUCACCAGACCCAGCAGGAGGGUCAGGGGACCUUGACCCAGAUCAGCGGGGUCCGGAAGCUCAGCCACACCGCUGGGCUCCAAGGCAGCAGCGUCAGCCGCUUUGGAGUCAAGACGGACCAGGAGGACCUGCUGUCUAAGGACCUUGAGGACAUCAACAAGUGGGGUUUGAACAUCUUCAGGGUGGCCGAGCACUCCCACAACCACCCGCUCACAUGCACCAUGUACACCAUCUUCCAGGAGCGAGACCUGAUGAAGAUGUUUAAAAUCCCUGCGGACACCUUCGUGACCUUCAUGAUGACCCUGGAGGCCCACUACCACUCAGACGUAGAAUACCACAACAGCCUCCACGCUGCAGACGUGGCCCAGUCCACACACAUCUUGCUCUCUACACCCGCUCUGGAUGCCGUCUUCACGGAUCUGGAGAUCUUGGCGGCCAUCUUUGCGGCAGCCAUCCAUGACGUGGACCACCCUGGGGUCUCCAACCAGUUCCUCAUCAACACCAACUCAGAGCUGGCCCUGAUGUACAACGAUGAGUCGGUCCUGGAGAACCACCACCUGGCUGUGGGCUUCAAGCUGCUGCAGGAAGACAACUGUGAUAUCUUCCAGAACCUGACCAAGAAAGAACGCCAGUCCCUCAGGAGGAUGGUCAUAGACAUGGUACUGGCCACUGACAUGUCCAAACACAUGAGCCUAUUGGCUGACCUGAAGACCAUGGUGGAGACCAAGAAGGUGACCAGCUCUGGAGUGCUGCUGCUGGACAACUACACAGACAAAAUACAGGUGAUGCGUAACAUGGUUCAUUGUGCUGACCUCAGUAACCCCACUAAGUCUCUGGAGCUGUACCGCCAGUGGACCGACCGCAUCAUGAACGAGUUCUCCCACCAGGGAGACCGGGAGAGGGAGAGAGGCAUGGAGAUCAGCCCCAUGUGUGAUAAGCAUACGGCUUCAGUGGAGAAGAGCCAGGUGGGCUUCAUCGACUACAUCGUCCACCCUCUGUGGGAGACGUGGGCCGACCUGGUGCACCCUGACGCUCAGGACAUCCUGGACACCCUGGAGGACAACAGGAACUGGUACCAGAGCAUGAUCCCCCAGAGCCCCUCUCCCCCCUUCUACACCAGCGACGGAGAGGUGGAUGGAGAGGGAGGACACAGGUUCCAGUUUGAGCUGACGCUAGAGGAUGAACAGGAUGAGGAUGGCCAGAUAGGAGUGGAGGAGGGCGAGAGAGGGACGGAAGGGGGGUGGUCGCCAGUUGACCAGGGUGGAGUGUAGAUGAACACACGUGGAGCUUCCCCCACAUAACGAGCCGUGACCCGCGAUCUUCAUAAAUGGAAGCAUCAGUUUUAGGUUGUGUUUCACGUUUUGUUUUUCUUGCAGUGGAGGAAUCCUGCAAUCUGGCUCUUUGGAGCUGCUCUGCUUGUGCGCGAGGGCCUGACUGGCUUUGGGCCCCUGUAGAAGAGGGUGGGGAACCCCGACACUUGGUUUGGGAGCCCUCGGGAAGAAGAGUAUGAAGAGUUGAAAAGUGAUGCCUUGAAGGAGUCGUGUUGAAAAUGCUAGUGUGUGGCAGAAGUACCGUAUCUUGGUCCUUGGUAGCCAGAUAAUACAAUCUUUGUUCUGACAAAUACUGAAGAUGAAACUAAGCUAGGCAAAGAGACUCUGUUGCGUUCAAUUGGGACAAGAUGAGACACUUGCACUUCAGAGCGAUCGUUGUUCUUUGUGACUAAUUUCGAGUACAUGUUUUGUUUUGUAACGGGAUGGGAUUUUGCCGGGUAGCAUCCAAUGUUCAAACUAGUGAUCCACAGGUGUUUGUAACGAAGAAGGUGUACCCUUUUUGUGACAAUUGUUUAAAGACUUUUGUGUGCCUUUUUUUUACGACAGGGUCUUUUGUACGUAAUUUUAUAAUUUAUUGAACAGGUUUGAACACGCAGUCUUCCUGAUGUCUUUUCGGCAAUAGUGUAAGCUUCCUUUCACAAUGAUGUUUAGUGGACUUUCCAAAACCUUUUCUAAGAGUAGGUAGGGAGCUAGGAAAGUGUUUAAACUAAAGAGUCAAUAAAUCUACUAAAGAGAGGUUCUUCUUUAACACCCAACUCAUGAGACUAUACAUGUAUUGUUAUAUGGUACCUCACAAAUUUAGAAUCAAUAUAAACAAAUGCCACAGAACCAAUAACUUCCAAAUUCACAGCAAAGCAGUUGCAAACCUGUUACUUUUGAUUUUACAUAUUUGCUUAACCGUAAAGCAAUUAUCGCGAUCUUUUCCCAUGUAAACUGUCAAAACCAAUACACUCCAAAGAUGUCCUGAUAAAUGCACUUUAACAGUGAAAUGGAACCCUGCCUAAGAGAGGAGUGCUGUCAUACCUGAUUACCACUUCAAUCAAAUUUCUUCAGAUUUUUUUGAGAGAAAACAUUUGAAUGGUUUCUUUCCAGAGAGAGAGAGAAAUCCCAAAGUCAAAAAAUAAACCUCCAUUCAACAAUGUCUGAUUUCAGCUAAUGUUUAUUAUUUUGGUUGCCAGAUCCCCCUUGAGCUGACAACUCUCAAGGUUUGGCAGAAAUGGCAGAACAAAUGGCAUCUUUUUAAAUGUUGAUUCAAUGUUAAAUUAAUGUCAUCUAAAAUGUCCCCUGUAGUUUUCUCCAUAAUUUCUGUCAAGCACUUUGACAAGUUGGAUAGCUCAGCACCUAUUUGCUAGUCUGGCAACAAUACAUCUAAAUGGUACUGCAAUGUAAGCUACAUCUCUCAGCUGUGGGGAUAUCAGCAUAACAUCACUGUGACAACAUUUCCCACCUUGACUGUGUGUGUGUUUCUGUGUGUGUGUGUGUGUGUGUGUGUGUGUGUGUGUGUGUGUGUGUGUG